AUGAAAGAAGCUUUAAUGAAUAAUAGUGAAACAAACGAAAAUGGUGAUGAGCUCAUAUUUAAUGAUUUAUUUAUAAACAAAGUUUAUACCAAAAAAGAAGUUGAGUGCUGUGGUUUGUCUGUAAAUCUUUAUGUAUUAAAUUCUGCAUCGACUGACUAUGAUCUAACAGGACAGGUUAUAUGGCCGGCAGCAAAGAUGUUGACUCGUUAUAUUGUUAACAACUCGAAUAUUUAUGACCCCAACAAUCCAAUCCUGGAAGUUGGUUCAGGUGUUGGUGUGUGUGGAUUAUUUUUGGCAAGACUCGGCAAACGAUGUAUACUUAGUGAUUAUAAUGAUAUAGUUGUUGAUCUCCUCAAGAUGAACAUCGAACAGUCUACCAAAGAUGGUUACCCAACUUGUGAAUGCAUUAAAUUAGAUUGGUCGAAUCAAAGCGAUAUUGAAAACACCUUUAAGCAAUCGACCAACUCAGAAGGAUUCGAUACCAUCAUUGGUUCAGAUGUGGUUUAUUGGCAAUCUAGUAUAGAACCACUUUUUCAAACAGUGAAUCAGUUGCUUUCACAUAAAGAAAGCUCAUCAUUUAUUCUUUGUUACCAAUCGCGAUCAUCACAAACCGAUCAGUAUCUGAUAGAUAAAUCUGUGGAGUAUGGAUUCAUUCAUUAUUUGGUACCGACUGAUACGAUAUUCAAAGUAGACCAAUCAAGUACAACAGAGAACCAAACAUCUUUAUUGAUAGAGGAUGAAUAUCUCUUAUCGAUUAUGAAGUUUAUUAUCUUUAAAAGAAAACCAACUCAAUAA